AUGAGAGUGUUUCGGAAAGAAACGAGCCCGUGUAUUUGGAAGAUUAUUGUAAACAACAGUUCAGUUGAACUAAGCGGCACUGCCAUCAACACAAAGAACAUCUGGUCAGUAUUGAUGCGCACAUCUAAAGGCCGACCGUACAACUCAGUGACGCUCCGCGUUCAGGUGCUGUGUGCCGACGCAAACAGUUCUACACCAAACAUCACACCGAAAGCCGUAGCAAAGUCACCAACACCCACCAUGACAUCACUAAAGGUCACGGUGACGUCAUUAACACGCAAGAUGACGACAUUAACACCUACAUCAAAGUCAUUAGCGAGGACAGCAAUCACAAUGUCAUCAUUACAGAAGGAUGGACUGUCGUCGCGGAAACCAACACCAACUCCUUGCUUAGACCCUUUCUUGUCGACAUUUCACAAACAAGAGAGGUUCAUUUGUUUUCGAGUGGACGGUGGACUUGGCAACCAGAUGUUUAUAUUUGCGUCCGCCUAUGGUAUCGCCAGAUACACCGGCCGACGUAUUGUCCUCGACAAAAGUUGGCCACUGCUCAAAAUAUUCAAACCAAAUGGAAUUGUUGUCGACAGAUGCGUCUGUAAUGGUGUUCACAUAAAAAACGCUAAGCUUAAUAGUGCUUUCGAUGAGACACUUCUACGACUUCCCACAGUUGGAAAUUAUGAAGUAGGGAACUACUUGCAGUCUUGGAAAUAUUUCCAAAAGGUUACGAACGAGAUAAAAGCACAGUUUACGUUUAGAAAAGAUAUAUUGAAGAAGGCUUCAACAGUGUUAAACACCGUCAUAGAAGAAUACGAAAAUAGAACAGCGAAUUCGAGAAAUCCAACCCUCGUUGGUGUCCAGAUUCGAAGGGGCGACAUUGCGAAUGAAAAACGAUUUAUCGAUUUUGGAUACAAAGUGGCGCCAAAAGAAUACAUCUACAAGGCCAUGGACUAUUUUAAAAACAACUUUACAGAUGUGAUAUUUGUGUUUACCUCUGAUGAUAUGAACUGGACGAAACAUAAUAUAAAGGAGGAAGACAAUGUGUUUUUCAUUGAAGGAAACUCGCCGGAAGUAGACAUGUGUAUCCUGGCGCACUGUAACCAUACAAUAAUGACCGUGGGCACGUUCAGUUGGUUUGCGGCUUUUCUGACAGGGGGAAUAACUGUGUAUUACAAACAUUUUGCUAACGAGACAUCUUUGUUAAGAAAACAGUUUUCUUCAGAUUAUCAAGACCAUUUUUACCCUGGUUGGAUAGCAAUAGAAUCGAAUGAGACUAUCAAAGAACACUAG